AUGAGUGAGUUGGGUGAAAUUCUUAACACAGCCCAGAUUUCAAAACAUUAUGAAGUUAUUCAGUUUCUGUUGUCACAUGCGAAUGUGGAGUACACUCUGACGCAGCUGGAUUUUUUGAUUCCACGGGGAGCCUCGCUGCAACGCUUUCCGGAGGCGUGGCGAGAGUACAUGGAAGCCGGACGCUGCGGCAAUCAGUGUAUUGAAGUGUUCCACCGCAACGUCGAUGUCCCGGAUGUAGGUUUGACGGAUGACAGAGCGGUGAGGAAUGUGCGGUCUAAAAAGAAGGAGCUUGUUCUUGUCUGCCGACGGCCAGAGUUGCAUCGUCUUGAGGAGCUUGAAAGGUUGCUGCUGUCUCCUGCUAAAGUCCCAGAUAGAGAAGGAUGCGUAGCUCUUCACACGAAUCAAGUAAUCUUACAGGAGAAGCUUCUAAAGGAGUCCCAACAACGGGGUCUGCUUUAUUACCUUCCAGAUCACUACAUGAAAGCUUACGAGUACCGAUUAGUUAAAGGGCUUCGAAGCCCCUUUAAAAGGGGCGAAUCGCUGAACGUGUUUCUUUGCGAUGAUGAGGCUGAUGCUGUUCUGGGCACGGAUGGCACAGCAGGGCAGUUGGAACUUCCCGUUGGUGUGGUGGCUCAGUCAAUGUUGUACACACGUCGUGGGGUACCGGUGCGAGGUAAAAACAGCAUUCCUACUUGCCUCCAUGUGGGCGAGCGUGUCUUGGUGAUAUUCGACCGGGUUUUGUCUCCGAGUCAUGACUCUUCCAUCUCUGUUGAAGCCCCGGCUUUGAGAGUCUCACUAGGUAAACCCAGGAAAAACUUGGGCGUUGCCUUGCCUGUUGACGUGCGCGUGAAAGCGUCCAGGAGAUCAGGUGGGACUCAAAGGAGUUUCAUGGACGUACGGGCCCAGGCCAAGGGAAACGUGGCAGUCUCCGUAUUUGUGGAUGAAAUGGAAACGAUUGUUCCCGUGGAAGUCAUUGACGAGAUUACGUCAAUGCCGGGUGUGAUGAUUGGGAGAGAAACGCUACCUGCGCUCCCGGUACCCGAUGACAUUUGUAUUCAUGACCCUGCAUUGUGGGAUGGUAGGAUCGCGGGGCAGGGCGGAGAAGGUGAGGAGUUUAGGGGAGAAGGGAGAAAAUUGGCGGGGACGGUGCUCGCGUGGUGGUUAAAUCCCUCCCCUGCGGUUCUUAAGGUACGCGAUCUUACGAUUCCUGAUAGCGAGACGAUGGGUGCCGCCUCACGAACCGUGUGGAUUCCACACCAAAAGGACGAGGCUGCAUUGAGGGUUGUAAGGAAAACGCUACAGGAGCAGCAUGCCGCGGAGGUGGCAAGAAGGAUUCGUCGCAAACGGAACCGAAACCGUGAAUUACGGAAUUGCCACAUGGUUCACUUUGGCUUCGACGCCUCCGUGCCCUUUGGCGGGGAGAUGCAGGACCGCUAA